AUGUCAACAAAUGAUACGGCAGAUGUUUGUCUAACUAUACCAAAUUCAGGUGAUGGUGAACGAAAACCUGGUGUACACCGGAAUGUAUCAAUGAAUCGUUUUCAGGUAUCAAAAUUGAACAUAGAUUCAAAUGAUUUACCGGCAUCAUCAUCAAUAGCUGAUGCUGCUGAAACAGGAAACGCUAAACCUGAAAUGCAUAAAGCAGCUAGUGAACCACCACCACUUUCACAUCCUACAUUGAAAGAUACGGAAAGGAAAAAUAGCGCAAUGGGUCGAUUUGAGAAAUUUCUGAAGCUUAGUUCUGUUGUAAAAGCACUGGGUGGGUACAAGUGCUAG